AUGACAAUUUCCGAAACAAAGCAGGCAGAUAGAGAGUGGCACGGCCCAUGUUCUCAAUUGAUGCAAAAUUCGUUCAUAUUUCAGGCGAAGAUCGCCGAACAGGUGCCAAGGGUGAUAAGCGGAAAGGGGAUCAGAAUCACAGUGGAAAACCCUAAGACUGGUAAGGUUACUGAGGUCAUUGAUGGUAUGACUGGGGCAGCAGUUGGAGCGUUGGGAUGGGGCGAUCCAGAGGUGGUUGAAAUAAUCAAUAGGGCAGCCCGCAACACAUUUUAUUCGUAUCCCGCAGUUUUGGGAAAUGAAUACUCUGAAGAAUUGGCGAAGUAUUAUAUCUCCAACUCUCCCGCAGGAGCAUUUGCUGCUGCUUUGUGGACGGGCUCGGGAUCUGAAUCAAACGAAAAUGCGAUGAAGAUUAUAAGGCAAUACCAUGUGGAAAAGGGUAAUUUCAACAAAACCAAGUUUAUUUCUCGAAAGACUUCGUAUCAUGGAUUCACGCUAGGCGCAUUGUCAAUAAGCUCCAAUGCUAGAGCCUUUAGGUUCCAAGAAAUUUUAUUACCGCAGGAUCAGUGUUUGAAAAUGGAGGCCUGCUAUCCAUAUCGGAAUAAGGCUGACGAUGAAACAUUGGAGCAGUAUUCUGCCCGAUUGUUAUUAGGGCUAGAAAUAAUGAUAUUGAAAGAGAACCCGAAAACAAUAGGUGCUGUCAUAGUAGAGACAUUACCUGGUACAUCGUUGGGUACCUCUCCUCCUACUCCGGGGUACUUGUUGGGAAUUAGGAAACUUUGUACCAAGUACGAUAUUUUAUUCAUGUUGGAUGAGGUUAUGUGUGGAACAGGUCGAGCAAAUCCUCAUGGGGGACUAAACUGUUGGGAGAAUUAUCUAGCGCCAGGCGAAGGACCUGAUAUUCAGAGCGUGGGAAAAGCAUUAGGCUCAGGUUAUGUUACCAUUGCCGGUGUUUUGGUAAGCCCAAAAGUUAGAGAUGUAUUCAUCAACGGGUCUGGAAGUAUCCUUGGUUCUCACACCUACUCUGGUCAUGCCUUCAAUUGCUUUGUAGCCUUGGAAAUACAAAAGAGGGUCAAAAAACUUAAGUUGACGGAGAAUAUUUUCAAAAUGGGUAAUUACAUGGGUGGCUUGUUAACAGAAGAAUUGGCUGAUGCUGUAAUAGUCGGUGACAUCAGAGGUCUUGGGGGAUUCUGGAGUCUAGAGCUCGUGAAAAAUACACAAACAAAGGAAUACUUUCCUUUUUCAUUAGAUAUAGCUCAUCGCUUACAGGAUAAGUGUUUUGACAAUGGUCUAAAUGUUAUGGGGACCCAGGGAUGUGCUAACGGAUUCGGGGACAUUAUUCUACUAGCACCCGCAUUUAUUGUCACGAAAGAUGACGUUGAUACCAUUGUCCAUAUAGUCGUUAUGUCUAUUAGAGACCUCGAGCAUGAGUUGAUGGAAGAAGGCAAUUUAUAG